GAUUUAAAUGAAAAACUAAAAAUGAGUGCUUUAAUUGCGUUUGCUACCAUAUUUAUGGAAACUGAGGAGCAUGCAGAAGAAGCCCUUAAUAGAAGAAUACUGCGGGAGCAUUCCAAUCGAUUAGAGGUUCCUGAAUCGGUGUAAGUAUGUAAUAUUUGCAAGAAGUUCAAAUGUUCAACAAAUUUCGUAGUUUCGUGGUCGAAUUCAGAGUCAACAAAGAUGCCUUUAUUAUGCUGUUGAACGUUGUUGACCCUCACAUAAAAGGCACAUCCAUUCCAACGCAACUGCAACUGGUAGCUACUUUGAGAUUCUUAGCUGAAGGCGGUUUUCAGAAAGUAGUGGGAAAAGAUAGCUACAUUGCAAUGGGGCGAAGUACGGUGGCUAAAGUAACAAAACGACUGCUCAAAAUUUUAGAAAGGCAUUUAUGUCCACAUUGGAUUGACGGAAGAUGAGCUGGCUAAAUCGAAACAACAUUUCCAGCAAAAAUUUGGCAUUCCGGGGGUUAUUGGAUGUAUAGUCGGAACGCAUAUACAAAUAACAAAGCCACAUAAAGAGCACAGUCUUUUUUAUAACUGAAAAGGAUAUUUUAGUAUCAAUGCAAUGAUCAUUUGUGACUACAAUAUGGUUAUCAAAGCACUUGAUGUUCGCCGCCCCGGAUCAAGCCAUGACGCUUUAAUUUGGAGUGUUAGUAGAGCUCAGGACUAUUCCCAGCGGCGAUACGAAAACGGAGAUCGGUCUUGGCUCUUGGGUGAUGCUGGUUAUGCUCUUCAACCAUAUUUGCUAACACCAUACCGAGACCCACAUGUUGGCACAGCACAUCAUACUUUUAAUCAAAAACAUUCUUCGACACGCAACGUUGUUGAGAGAACGAUAGGUGUUUUAAAAAGCCUGUUUAGAUGCCUAGCUCGCUGUCUUCAAUACCAACCACAAAAGGUGGUACAAAUAGCAAAUGUUUGCUGCGCUUUGCAUAAUGUUUGCAAACACUACAAAGUGCGAGAGUUAAUUGAGUUUGACAUUGAAGACGAUGAAAAUGAAUCUGCUGUUGCUGAGGAAUUAUUAACCGAGUCUACACUUGAUGAGGCGAUAAUGAUACGAGAGAAUAUAGCCACUCACCUUCAUACAAAUACCUGA